CCAGCUUCCUUUCCUAACAAUGUGGGGGAGGAACCCAGGCUGGAGGAGAAGUUAAAGCCAGAAGAGGGGCAGGAAUGUCUGAGGUGGCAACCCUUCUCUCCAGCCAGACAGCACUGGCCAGUUUGAAGUCUGUCCAUCCUGCAGGCCACAAGCUCUGGAUGAGGAACUUGAGGCGCAUCACUAGCCCCUGAUCAUUUCACCUAAAAGAACAAGGACGAGAGUUCCUGACCUCCAGGCCAGUCCCUGAUCCCUGACCUAAUGUAUACUUGCAGUGAUGAUAAAAUGAUGAAGAGGCUGGAGAGGAGCUGGGUCCAAGGGUCCUCAGAGCAGGAGAUCCACUAUGCAUCUCUGCAGAGGCUGCCAGUGUCCAGCAGUGAAGGACCUGACCUCAGGGACAGAGACAAGAGAGGCACCAAGGAGGAUCCCAGAGCUGACUAUGCCUGCAUUGCUGAGAACAAACCCACCUGAGCACCCCAGACACCUUCCUCAACCCAGGCGAGUGGACAGGGUCCCCCUGUGGUCCACCCAGUAAAGACCAUGGUCCCCCCACUUCUGUGUCUCAGUCCUCUCAAUCCAUCUCGAGCCUCCAUUCAAAAUGAUCAUCAUCAAAACUUAUGUGGCUUUUUGACCUUUGAAUAGGGAAUUUGUUUUUUUAAAAUUAAAAUUAAAAAAACACGUGGCUCACCCCUCCACCCA